GGGAGUUUCGUGCUCCAACUUUGGGAUCCCUGGAGAAUUGCAUGAAGCUUUCCCAGAUGUCUGUUCAAGGCCUUCAGCAAUUUAAAUCUCCUCUUCUUCAGCUCCCUCAUAUUGAAGAGGACAAUCUUAGACGGGUUUCUAAUCAUAAAAAGUUCAAAAUCAAAACUAUCCAGGAUUUGGUGAGUUUAAAAGAAUCUGAUCGCCGCAACUUAUUGCACUUCUUAGAAGAUGAGAAAUAUGAAGAGGUUAUGGCUGUCCUUGGUAGUUUUCCAUUUGUGACUAUGGACAUAAAAUCACAAGUAUUAGAUGAUGAAGAUAGCAAUAAUAUCACCGUAGGAUCCCUUGUCACAGUAUUGGUCAAAUUGACAAGGCAGACAAUGGCGGAAGUAUUUGAAAAGGAACAGUCUAUCUGUGCUGCAGAAGAGCAGCUGGCGGAAGAUGGGCAAGGUGAUGCCAACAAGAAUAAGACUAGAGGAUGGCAGCAGAAGAGUAAAGGACCUAAGAAAACUGCUAAAUCAAAAAAAAAGAAACCUUUGAAAAAAAAGGUAGCCUCUGUGCCAUUGCCCCAGUCAAAGCAACAGAAGCAAAAGCAGGCAAAUGGGGUUGUUGGGAGUGAGGCUGCUAUAAAAGAAGAAGAUGACGAUGUAUCUGACAAAGGCAGUGACUCUGAGGAAGAAGAAACAAAUAGGGACUCCCAAAGUGAAAAAGAUGACGGAAGUGACAGAGACUCUGACCGAGAACAAGAUGAAAAACAAAACAAAGAUGAUGAAGCAGAGUGGCAAGAAUUACAACAAAGUAUACAGCGGAAGGAGAGAGCUCUGCUGGAAACCAAAUCAAAGAUAACACACCCUGUUUACAGUCUUUACUUUCCUGAGGAAAAACAAGAGUGGUGGUGGCUUUAUAUUGCAGAUAGGAAGGAACAAACAUUGAUAUCUAUGCCAUACCAUGUGUGCACGUUAAAAGAUAUGGAAGAGGUAGAACUGAAGUUCCCUGCUCCAGGAAAACCCGGAAAUUAUCAGUAUACAGUAUAUCUAAGAUCAGAUUCCUAUAUGGGUUUGGACCAGAUUAAGCCAUUGAAGUUGGAAGUUCAUGAAGCUAAGCCGGUGCCAGAAAAUCACCCACAGUGGGAUACAACAAUAGAGGGAGAUGAAGACCAGGAAGAUAGUGAGGGCUUUGAAGAUAGUUUUGAAGAAGAAGAAGAGGAAGAAGAUGAUGAUGACUAAACAAUACUCUGAACUGACUACACUAUUUGCACACAUUUUCAAACUUUUUGCUGUUAUGAUGGAACUGUGCAGUAAAACAGAAACAUAGUGCAGAAGUGUUGUUGAGGAGAGUUGUUUAGUUUCUUUGCCCAGUAUGAGUGCAUUAUGUAACUUGCCCGUGGAGGUCUAGCAAUAUUUUGCCAUGGGUACAACCUGGAAGUUGCUUGUGGCUUAUUUAAGCCUUUUAACUGUGGGAUGGUGCAUUUAUUUCAAUGAUAAUAAAUCUUUUUUAUUAUAACUGUCCAAAAGUGUGGGCUAUGUAUCGUCUGAUCAGUCUAUGGUCCCAAUAAAAGAAAAGAAGUACCAUGAAAAAAAUCUCAAUGAGUAACUUUCUGCAGUCAACUUUAUUUUUUAGAAAAGUAAACAUCUUUUAGGUACCAUCUGCACGAGUUAUAAUCUUGGUAAACUGUUACUCAUUUUCUCAUUAUUUUUCACUGAUAGGAGAAUGUUAUAACAACUCCAUUAAUAGCUUUAAAUCUCUUGUUUUUACUUGUUCUGGUCAUCAGUUCAUGUCCUGUUCUUAGGAAGCACAUUCCACAUAGCAUAGAGGGCUACAUUUUGGGAUUUGCCUUUUCUUAAUUGCCCAAGAUACUCAUACAAAUUACAAAAAAUUAUUGACUAUGUCAUAAAAUGCUCUUAAUGGCUUAAAACAUUUUUAAGCCUCUAUUUCAGCAAAUCAUUGCAAGAUCUAAUCUUUUUGAUAAGCUGUUUGUCUAAAAAUGACUAUGGGACCACAUGUUAUCUGAUGUUGGUGGCUUACCUAUUAUUAUACCUUUUGUCAAAGGUACAGUAUAAAAGCUGAAAGACAUUCUUAGCUUUUAAUCUACCUGACUCUGUCAGAAAUCUUUUAAGGAGAAAACACAACAUGCAAAGGAGGUAUCUUUUGUAUUCAUUUUGAACUCCUAUCAAUAAACCAGACAUUUGACUCAGUUUGCAUUUGUAAUGGUGUUUAUCUUUUUUACCCCUAGGAACAGUUUAUACAUAGGGGGAGUACAUACUUUUAUUUUUCCAAUUAAGUAUUUGUUUACAACAUUGUACAAAAAUGCUAAAGUUUUUGGUAUUUCUGUACAGUAUAAGAAAAAAAAAGCUAACAUGGGCUGGUAUUAUCCUUCAUCUAUCUCUGGUCUCCAGGCACAAUACAACCUGCAAAGAUAAUAGUUUUUAGUGGUUACAAAAUGUAGAGAUUAAUACAUAUCAACCACAGUGGUAAGAUAAAUAUUUUUAGUACUAGAUAUUGAGGAACCAUAAAUCUGCAAUACUAAACAAGAUUUGAUUUUGACAUUUGGUCAUAUAGGGGAAUUGUAAUCCUGUUUUAUCAAGAACAUCUACGGGACAGAAUUGAGUAUUUCUGACCUUGUUUACUACAGAAGGUUGCCACUUUACAUGCAAAAUUACAUGGUAUUUUCUUGUUUAUUGCAGUAGUUGGAAAUAAAAUUUGGAAGUGACCUAAA